AUGAGGUGGCAAAUCGUGUUGCUUCUAGUGUCGGUGGCACUGGCUGCCGGUGAGAAGAAACUCGAGAAACGGCCCACUAAGAAAGCUUACUCGCUGAAACCUACCAAAUCGCCCAAAUCAAUCAUCGAAGAAUUCACCGCUCUACCGCCGGCCGACGUUGAUUUCAUUAAGGAGCUCGACCGCCAGUUCCGCGAGCAUGGCAACAAAAUUCGCAUCAAAGUCGAGCGCAGCAACGCGACGGACGGCAAAAACAUCAAGCGCACAAUCGAGGGUGAUCUGGGAUACGGUCAUUACAGCAAUCAGCCCGAUUCGGGGUAUCAUUUUUCCAAGCCGAAAUAUAUGAUCUACCCAUACUCGCAACACGACAUCCCGCCAGUCCGAUCGACCCACAGCACGGUUCAAGAGACGGUGACCGACAUCGAGAUAACGCCUUCGCACAGUUACGAGCUUAAACCGAUCGAGGAGGUGUAUCAGGUCUACCCGACCCAGCAGUACGCACAAGAACAGCAACAGCAGCAGUACUACUAUCACCACAGCAGUCCUGCUCAGGGUCACCAGCAAACGAGGCAGUUGUUCCACCAACAAGAGGAUACACCUGUGAUUGUGUUGAAGAUUCCCGGACCAUCCAAAUAUGCGGCCCAUUUGCAGGCGCUGUUGCAGCAGUACCUCGAGAUACGUGCCGCCCAACUAUACAAGGAGCUGGAGGAGCAUGAAUAUCAACAACAGCAACAGCUGCAGCUACAGCAUCAGCAGCAACAUCAGCAGCACUAUGUGCAGGAACAAGACGUCCACCAUCACCAUCAUCUGCAGCAGCAGCAACAACAGCAGCAACAGGAGCAGCAGGAACAUGAGCAACAUCACGGGCAUCAUACGAAGACGAAGUACAGCCAACCAGAUCCUGUCUAUCCUACCGAGAUCGCUUAUGUCCCGAUGAUCCGUACUAGCCAGAACACGUACGUUCCGUUGCCGGAGCAGUACUACGAUACACCGAAGCCUGCAUCACCACGACCGACUAAACACCGCAAGACGACGGUGACACCGACUCACGUGGCGUACCACAGCACAGUGCAACCAGAGCCAGCCUACCACUAUCAGACGUACCAUCCGGAGCAUCAGCAACAUGUUCAGGAGCCAGGUCACGCUCAGAUCCAGUACCAGUACGUGUCCCAGCCAGCUCCAGCCCAUGAGGAAGAGCACGAGCCGCAGUACGUCUACGAGAAGCCGGUAGUCAACUUCGUCACACCAGUGCCCGAAGAAGCUCAUCAUUCGCACCCGGAUCCGUAUCAGCAGCAACAGCAACAUCACCACCAGCCUCCGAAGAAGUAUCCGAACUUUGCCGAAUACCAUCACCAUCAUCGACCACAGCAGCAGCAGGAAGAAGAGUACCUGCCUGAGCCUAAGCUGGUUGAGAAUUAUCCAAGCCACAAGCAUACGCGCGUGAUCUACAAGAGCCCAUCGUUGAAGGCGGAAUUGCAGCAGGAAGUUGCUGAAGAGGAGCAACACGAGCAGCACUAUCACCACCAGCAGCAGGAGGUGGUUCACGUUCCCCAGCAGCACCAUGCACACCAUCACCAGCAACAGCAGCAGCACCAGCAGCAGUACAUCCUUCAAGAGGUGUAUCCUUCGCAGGCGUCUUAUUUCGAGGACAAGUCGUUCGUCGAGUCGGCAGGUGCACAGGUGACAACAGACCGUAGCGAGACGGUAACGCCUCACUACAACACUGAGCCUGUGGUGGCGAUCACGCAGAAGCCCAAACGCCUCUACAACUACCACGCGCACUCAUCUUCUGGCCAUCACGGAUCAGGUGGAUCUCGAGGAUCUCGCAUGGCAGCUGGUGGAGGUCGAACAAGGACCGGAGCUUCUGGUGCGAAGGGUUCAAGCAAGCGGGACGCUGCGUCACCCUACACCGAGGAAGAGUUCCGUAAGGUGAACAAGAUGGUGCAGCGUAUGAAAAAGAAGAGCCGCACAACGCCGUCGGACGAUCCUGGUGUGACCGUCAGAAGCUCCACUAGUCCGAGUCCACGAAUGAGCGCGUAG